GUCCUCUUUUAAUCUCUCUCUUUAUUUCUUGUAUGGUAUUUUCAUUUCUCAAUUUAUUUUAUCUUUCAAGGCCUCUCUCAUCCUCCCAUUGCUGAAGUGGGUUUUUUUUUAUCUUGUUUUCUUCUUUCCCUUCCAUUUUUCGUGAAAAAGGGGAGGAGAAUAGCUUCAAGACGGCUUUUUUAUCCUGUUUUUGUGGUUUAAUCCUUUGUUUUCUUCUUAAGAUUCUCUUAGAUCGAUCAAGUUCCUUCAUUUCCGCUCUUUAGGACUUCACAAUAAUUUGUGCUGAAGUUCAUACAAGCCCUAAUGCAGGGGCAAAGGGGUACUAUUGGUUCCUUGCCUGAAACCUUCUUUGACCAUGGCUCUACGUCAACUAAUGCUGCUAUAGACCAGCAGGUGUGCUGGAAUAAUAUUCGAAAUCCUAUAGAAAACAGACUGCCUGAUUGUUUGCUGUCACCUAAUGACAUGAGCAUUGGAUAUGUGAACUCUAUUGGUCGAGAGGAGCAGGAGCUGGGCAGAUGGAACCUGGGAGAGCCUAGUUCUAGUGGCACACAGAUUGAGGUUAGCCAUAAUGAGCUGAAAACAGACCACGGAUGGUCAUCUUCCAUGAGUGCUUCUGCAAAUGCUGGUCCCAGCUUAGAAGAGCAGCAGUAUGAACAGAACUCUCUAUUUGUUCAAAGUUCUAAUUCUGAUACAGUUACCCAGAAUCUCAACUUAAAUGCAGGCUUGGUUGGUCAUGGUGUUAAUAACUUUCAAGUUACAGAACGGUCUAAUCCAUAUAAGCCCCGUGGAUCUGAAAAUGAACGGAUUUCAUCUGGUGCUGGUCCUGAAGCAUUUCUACUCUCUUCUGGAAGUGGUGGGUAUGUUGUGGAUGAUGAUGAAGCCAGACCUGGUUGCUCAUAUGAGGGUCGCCGAUCAUCGUGCAAAAGAAAGGCUCUUGAAGGAAAUGUUGGGCAGUCUUCUUUGAGUGGAGGUUCUAGCUACUUCCAUCAAGCAGAAAGUAGUGCAUGGCAUGGAGUUUCUGCUAGCCAUAGUGCAGGAAGCAGCGUGAAUAUAUCUGCCCCCUCAGGACUGGCACACCCUAUACUUGGUUUAGAUGUAAGAGGAUCAGCUUCUGACAGUGUUCCUGAACCAAUUGUUUUGCCAAUUUCAGAGAGCACACACCGGAAUUUCCGGAUAAGAAUAAAUCCAUCAAGUAUACAAGAACCUAUCGUGCCUCCAAUGUUUCCUACAGUUGAUACAGCCAUGCAAUCUGUUGUUUCGUCUUCACAGCAGUCAUCAAGUCUUCUUCCAACUGAUCAUUCUCUGGGCUUAAGGUCAGCACCAGUGGUAGAUAAUGCAAGUCCACAAAACCCAAAUGUUGUAAUUCAUGUUCCAAAUGUGCCUCGAAAUGUGCAGUCAUUUAGGUGGAAUGGAGGUUCUGGCUCAAGAACUGGCAAUUUAUCAAGUUCUAAUGCAUCUGGGGAUAGAAAUGCUGUACCACGCGAGGGAAAUCAGUUAAGAAGCAUCACUAGGAACCCGGUAGAUCAUCCUAUGUUUGUUCCUGCACCUGAUUUGAGAACUUCAGUUAGAAAUCCCACAAAUCGAGGUUUAAGCAGUGGAAAUACAAGUGCUCCUGGAAAUGUUUCUUCCACAUCUCGUGCUGGCUCAAGUUCUGGUGCCAAUGCAUCAUCUGCCUCGCCAUGGGUUCCUCGUCCCAACCCCUCUUCACGAUACCCACGGAGAUUCUCAGAACUUGUUCGUCGAUCAUUGAUGUCUUCCCUUGGUACUGAGUCCGGAGGUCAGGGCAGUCAUUCGUCACUUUCUUCAGGACCUCCUACUUCUCCCGAAGAGAUGCUGCUUUCCUCUGGAAUAGCUAAUCAGGGACACCAUCGACCAUACCCUCGGUCAGUUUCAUGGUUGGAGAGACAAGAUGCUGGUUUGGUUGGAAUGCCCCAUUCAUUGCGGACUUUAGCUGCUGCUACUGAAGGAAGAAGCAGGCUUGUUGUGUCUGAGAUUCGCAAUGUCUUGGAUCUCAUGCGUAGGGGUGAGAACUUGCCUUUUGAGGAUGUUAUGAUCCUUGAUCAAUCGGUAUUUUUUGGGGUAGCUGAUAUUCAUGAUCGGCAUAGGGACAUGCGGCUUGAUGUUGAUAACAUGUCAUAUGAGGAGUUGUUGGCUCUGGAAGAGCGCAUUGGUAACGUAAACACAGGGUUGAGUGAAGAAACUAUAUUAAACCAUCUGAAACGACAAAAGUACUCUAGUGCACCAGGAGCUCAGUUAGAGGCAGAACCAUGUUGUGUUUGUCAGGAAGAAUAUAAUGAUGGAGAAGAUCUUGGAACACUGGAAUGUGGCCACAACUUCCAUGCUGAUUGCAUUAAACAAUGGUUGAUGCACAAAAACUUGUGCCCCAUUUGUAAAACAACGGCUAUGAGUAAAUAAGACAAACCAUUCGUUUUUGGGCAAUCAGUUCCUCCUGGUCAGAGAAAGGACCGGCAUUGAUUCAUUGGACCUGAUGCCCUCAAGUGUGCCUUAUGUGGCCUUCACAGUUUUCAUUCCGGUAUGGUUCAUGGCAUUUCUAAUUCAAAAGCCAGAGGCAUUUUUAAUUCCAAUUCUGUCAAACAAAGCAAUUUCUGGGUGGAUGACACAGAUGUCUGAAGCGCUGGGAUCAGAAAACUAGUUUCUACAUUUUUCGUUUUAACCAUUGCACUAUUUUAUGUAUGAAUCUUCAGCCCGUUGGCGACAUAUAUAGAGAAUCUCUCUUUACAUUUUGAUGUU